AGACUUGUAGACCAAUUAAGAUAACUUAGAUUACAAUUAAUGAGAUAAAGAGACGAUAAUAUAACAGUGGAACAAGUCUUAGUGUUGAAAUCUCAGGUCAUUGUCUCGUUUGGUAUACAGAAUGUAUCAGAAAAUAGCAGUGAUCACAUUGUGGGGCUGUCAGUGACUAACUUUGUGUCAAAGUGAACAGUGAAAUGGAUAAGUUUGAAGUGGACGCUUGGAAAGAUCUUCCUCUACCCGACUUAGUUGUCGCCGACGUUAACGACCUUACAGCGAUCAAAGACACUACGAUAAGAUCCAAAGCAGCUCCUUUAUCAUUCCCUCUCUCUGACGAGGACAAAAGAGAUAUUUAUUUCCUCGUUAAAAAGUUCCAAGGAGAAAAUGAAAUUGCAGGACUGGCCGCGCCCCAAUUAGGUAUUCCCAAACGAGUUAUCGUUUUUGAAGUGAAGAACAUUUACGAGGGACAGAGACCGUUUCCUUUCAGUAUUUGGAUAAAUCCGUCGUUUGAAAGGGUGGGUAACAAAACGGAUAUUGACUAUGAGGAAUGUUUCUCGGUGAAGGACUUUGCCGGGCCGGUGCGACGGUGGUCGAGCGUGAACUACCAAGCUUACGACACGGACGGUCGGCUGAUAGAAGGUGUGGCACAAGGAGUGGCGGCUCGCGUUAUACAACACGAGACCGACCAUCUUGAUGGCAAACUGUUCAUCGACUACGUUCCUAAAGACCAACUAGUUACAAGGGAUGAGCUUCUUAAACUAAUGGAGCAAUUUAAGAACAUGGAAUAAAAGUAUUUAGAAAUUAUUAUUUACGAGAACUAUUUAUUUUUUCUGGAGUAAAUUUAACUAAUUUAUUUAAACUAGAACAUAUUAAGACUGACAUUUUUGUAUUGUUGGUAAUAUUUUCUGCCUCAUACAUUUUUUGGUCGGUUUUUAUUAUUUUACCGAUAAAAUUAAAGACGUCUUCCAGCAUUACUUGAUGUAUUAAGAGUAACACUGUAAUUAUUUUGAAUACUGUAUUUUGUGUAGAUAUAUCAAUUAUGUGUUUGAAGACAUAGUUUUUCCAUGUAAUAUCUCCAACAUAAUGCUACUAAUUAAGUUAUUUAUUCAUUUUGUUUUUUAUUUAUUAUUUUCAAAUCUUGGCUGAAUGUGAUCAUGGAAUAUAUAUACUCAGUCUGUUACAAGAUAUUGUAUCUCUACCACUAAAAAUAAUUUCAGGUUCUUUUUUCAUACAUAUAAUAUUUAGACAAAUUUGUUGAUUAAAUUCAAAGUAUUUAAAAUGUUCACAAAUAAUGCAUAUCAAAGUUUUUAGGCUCAAAACGGUAAAAAAUUAUUUUUUUGUAAGUUUAUGUACAUUUAUUGUGAGGUUUUAGAAUUUCACAAGAGAUGUAUAAACCCUCUCAGUUUUGAUACAUGUUUAUUUUAUAAGGUAGGUAUUGCAGAUUACGAAACGGCACACGGAAGAUUUCUCAGGUGCCAUUUGACGUCACUAACAGCUGACGUCACUUUGAGGGAACACCAAUACCGCAACGAUACGGUUAGAGCAAUCGGCCACGGUGGAGCAGUGGAUAGCGUUGCGGGCUGAUAAUCAGAACGUUCCGGGUUCGAAUUCCGCCGGCGGCACUAUCUUUUUAUCAACAAUUUUUUCA